CGGUGCGGAGCGGAGCGGGGCGCGCCCGGCACGCAGCGCUCAGCGCUCCCGCAGGAAGCGGCCCGCGGCGGGGGCGGCCGCUCGCAGCCAUGCCGGGCCCGGGGCGCUGAGCCGGCCCCGCCGCCGCCCCGCACAAUGGAGGAGGAGAGCAUUAAGCAGAGUUCCCGUUCCUCUGAGGCAGCUGAAGAUGAAAAGGACCAGAGGACAGUGACAGUCAAUCCCUCUCACAUGAGAAAGGCUUUCAAGGUCAUGAAUGAAUUACGGAGCAAGCGGCUCCUGUGCGAUGUGGUGAUUGUGGCCGAGACCGUGGAGAUGGAAGCUCACCGGGUGGUGCUGGCAGCCUGCAGCCCCUAUUUCUGUGCCAUGUUUACAGGAGACAUGUCUGAAAGCAAGGCCAAGAAGAUUGAGAUCAAGGACGUGGACGGGCAGACCCUGAGGAAGCUGAUUGAUUACAUCUACACGGCAGAGAUCGAGGUCACCGAGGAGAACGUGCAGGUUUUGCUGCCAGCUGCCAGUUUACUGCAACUGAUGGACGUCAGAAAGAACUGCUGUGACUUCCUGCAGUCCCAGCUGCACCCCACCAACUGCCUUGGCAUCCGCGCCUUUGCCGACGUGCACGCCUGCAGCGAGCUGCUGCAGCAGGCCAACGCCUACGCAGAGCAGCACUUCCCUGAGGUGAUGCUAGGAGAAGAAUUUCUUAGCCUUAGUCUGGACCAGGUUUGCAGUUUAAUAUCAAGUGACAAGCUCACAGUCUCCUCUGAAGAAAAGGUGUUUGAAGCAGUUAUCUCUUGGAUCAAUUAUGAGAAGGAAUCUCGCUUGGAGCACAUGGCUAAGCUGAUGGAGCACGUUCGCCUGCCCCUUUUGCCCAGGGAUUACCUGGUACAGACAGUCGAAGAAGAAGCUUUAAUCAAGAAUAACAACACCUGUAAAGACUUCCUUAUUGAAGCCAUGAAAUAUCAUUUGCUUCCUCUGGAUCAAAGGCAACUAAUAAAGAAUCCCAGGACAAAGCCAAGGACCCCCGUUAGCUUGCCAAAGGUGAUGAUUGUGGUGGGUGGGCAAGCACCCAAAGCCAUUCGCAGUGUGGAGUGCUAUGACUUUGAGGAGGAGCGGUGGGAUCAGGUUGCUGAGCUUCCCUCACGGAGAUGCAGAGCAGGCGUGGUGUUCAUGGCUGGCAGUGUCUAUGCCGUGGGGGGCUUCAAUGGCUCGCUGCGGGUGCGCACGGUGGACGUGUACGACGGCGCCAAGGACCAGUGGACGUCCAUCGCCAGCAUGCAGGAGCGGCGCAGCACGCUGGGCGCUGCCGUGCUCAACGACCUCCUCUACGCCGUGGGAGGCUUUGAUGGCAGCACUGGUCUGGCAUCAGUUGAGGCCUAUAGCUAUAAAACCAAUGAGUGGUUUUUUGUGGCUCCCAUGAACACAAGAAGAAGCAGUGUUGGAGUUGGAGUUGUGGAGGGGAAGCUGUACGCCGUGGGCGGCUACGACGGCGCGUCGCGGCAGUGCCUGAGCACGGUGGAGCAGUACAACCCUGCCACCAACGAGUGGACCUACGUGGCUGACAUGAGCACGCGGCGCAGCGGGGCAGGUGUUGGUGUGCUCAGUGGGCUGCUCUACGCCACCGGGGGCCAUGACGGGCCCUUGGUGAGGAAGAGUGUGGAAGUCUACGACCCAGGGACAAACACCUGGAAGCAAGUAGCAGACAUGAACAUGUGCAGAAGAAAUGCAGGGGUGUGUGCUGUGAAUGGUCUCCUCUACGUGGUGGGAGGCGAUGAUGGUUCCUGCAACCUGGCCUCGGUGGAGUACUACAACCCCAGCACAGACAAGUGGACGUUGUUGCCAACCAGCAUGAGCACAGGGAGGAGUUAUGCAGGUGUGGCUGUGAUUCACAAACCCUUGUGACACACGAUCAAGCCAAUGUGAGGAGCAGAAGUGAAGUGGAUCCAGCUAGGUGGUGUUGGGAAGAUGACUGACUUCUGACUUGACCCAUCUCAUUGCUGUUAAUGUCUUAGCAUGACAAGUGAUACGUUGCAAGCAUCAUCCACUCUGCAGUGGAUUGCAUAGCCAAGUGAAAAUCCCUCUGGGGACGUGUUCCAUGCUAGACACGAGGUGUUGCUUGUUAUCUGUGGUGCAAUCAGCUGUUCUUCUCGAUGGCAUGUGUCCUGAGAUAAACACUGUGCUUGGACUGCAGGCACGGGAUUUUUUGUGUGAAACAAAACUGCUACGUUUGGGCAUGUGAGUAAAAACGAACGUUUCUGGAUUUCUUCCCUACUGAUGCUCCGUGCACAUUGCUGGUUGAACUACUUACUCACUGUGCCUGGAGGGUGGACUUUAAUACUGGCAGGGGAAACUCCUGAGUUCCAGCUGAGAAAAAACAGCAGAAAUGGACUGGAACAGGGUGGUCUGGCUCGAGUGUGACGCUGUCUCAGCCGUACGUUUGUACAUGCCACUGGACUGCUGUGUGUAUCCCUGAAAUGCUUGUGGAAAUAAACACCAUGUGGUUUUUCUACUUGC